CCCAAGCCAUGUAGUAUCCUGUUUUUUCACCUCGAUUGGACCCAUUAUGACUUGUUUCGGAGUCUUUUCGCCUUGAGCUUUGUCUCCCUUCCGCGUGGCGCGGCUAUAUGUACGCAGGUGGUGCGUACGGUAAAAACCUACCCACUCCCUCCAACUCGGACCCCCAAACCCCGAAUCGCUCAAACCCUCCUCCUCCUCCCUCUGUUUCUGUAGCUCAAUCAUUUCUGUUUGGUUCUGCGCUUCAGAUUGAUGUCAAGCUUCCACCUUGUUCGAGCUAAACGGGACAGGAAAGAGAUCUACUGAGAUUUCUGUUUUGGGUUGGUUUGCACUUUGCAGUGUAUGUGCUUAAAUGGGGAGUGAGAUCGUGUCUGAGUCCUGGUUAGGUAGUUUGAGGUUCUCAUGGAGUCGUGUGGCGGAGGCUGACAAGCCGGUGAUUGGCGUUCUGGCUUUUGAAGUUGCUGGGUUGAUGUUAAAGGUGGUUGAUUUAUGGAAUAGUGUGAGUGAGAAUGAGAUGCUUAGGUUGAGGGAAGAGGUUGUUUACUCUAUUGGGGUCAGAAGGCUUGUGUCUGAUGACGACUAUUACUUGAUGGAAAUUGCACUGAAUGAGAUAAUUGAGAAUUUGGGAUAUCUGGCAGUGUCUGUUGUCAGGCUUGGGAAGAAGUGCACCGACCCUGUGUAUCACUGUUUUGAAGAAUUUUUUGAUGACCCUGUGGAGAAUGGUUUUCAGUGGCUUGGGUGGGAAUACAAGUGGAAGAAAAUGGAGAGGAAAGUGAAGAAAAUGAAGAGAUUUAUUGAAGCAACAAUGCAACUAUCCCAGGAGCUGGAAGUGCUGGCGGAGCUUGAGCAAACUCUGAGGAGAAUGCGCGCUAAUCCUGAUGUAAAUCGGGUAAAAUUGCUCGAGUUUCAACAGAAGGUAAUGUGGCGGCGUCAAGAAGUAAAAGGUUUACAAGAGAUGUCUCCAUGGAGUAGAACAUAUGAUUACACUGUCCGACUUUUGGCAAGAUCCCUUUUUACAAUGUUAGAUAGGAUAAAGUUUGUCUUUGGAUUUCAUCAAAUGGCUUUGGGAGAGGGAAUGGAUAGCUCUGAAGUUAUCAAUUCUGUUUGUCUUUCUCGCAGUCAUUCAUUUUCUGCUCUUAUGCACUCUUCUGUUCAUCCAUCUGAUGGUAAUCUAUGUGGGUCUGGACCUCUUGGGAGGUCGCUUGCAAAGACGAGGCUUAAUGCUCGCAAGAAUAGAACAAACAACCAGCGGCAAGCUCAUCACCAGUCAUCCAUCCAACAUGGAAGUUACUCCCAACUAAAACCCAAACGGUUUGCUCAUCUUGGUCCGUUUAAAGGAUGCAUGAUGGGUGGAAGUAAUUCUCCUGUUUUUGAGAGCUGCAAGCCUGAAAUGGGUGGUUCUAUGAGGUUGAGAAGUACGGGUAUCAAACAUUUUGAUAGCUUAAAGUACACACAUAUGGGAUCCCAAUCUUUCAGUCAUGGCAUCUAUUCUAAACUAUCCCUGUUCAAUUCAAAAUGUACACUACUGAAUGCUCCGCCAUCUACCCUUGGCGAUGCUGCUCUAGCGCUCCAUUACGCACAUGUGAUUGUUUUGAUUGAAAAGAUAGCUUCAUCACCUCACUUGAUCAGCCUUGACGAAAGAUCUAAUCUUUACAACAUGUUGACCACAACUAUAAGGACUGCUCUGAGAGCUAGACUGAAGUCAUAUGCCAAAACUACGGGAUCAUCUGUCUACAAUCCUGACCUUGCAGGAGAGUGGAAUCUGGCGAUGGAGCAGAUCUUGGAAUGGCUUGCUCCACUAGCCCAUAACAUGAUACGUUGGCAUUCUGACCGCAAAAUUAUGAAGCAGCAGGAAGUUUCCAAGACGAAUGUGCUUCUGGUCCAGACCCUCUACUUUGCAAGUCAGGCUAAAACUGAAGCUGCAAUUACAGAGCUUCUCAUAGGUCUGAACUACAUGUGCAUGGUUGACGAACUUAAUAGGAAGGCUUUGCGAGACGCUGGUGGCAGCCGACCAUACGAUGAUUAUAUGCUCAAACGGGAUGAAAUUUCUCAAGAAAUUCUGGAGACGGCAAUAGCGUUUUGAACUUGCAUUAUAAGAUGAUGUUCAAUCAAUGAAGUGAUUUAGAGAAGCAUGAGUUACAUGACAACACUUCGAAGAGGUAUUUCUAAGCGAUCGGAUAUCGAAUAACUCCACUCUUGAGAUGUUUAAGGCAUCAAAUUAACACGUUUGGCUUCUCUUUUUGUAUUUUGUUUUUCUUCGUGGAACUCAAAGAAUCUUUCAUUUGUUCAUAUGAUGGAUGAAUUGGGGGCCAACGGUCACUUUCUUGUAAAGCAUAUCUUGUAAUUCGAAACUCUGCGGCAUCACGGAAUGGUAUAUUUGCACUGCUCUUUUGACAUA